AUGUAUGUUGUUCUACCUGUCUGUCUGAAUAACCCAUAUACUGAUGAAGGCAGUCACUCGAGGCAGGGAUUUUGGCCCACAUAUAGCCGAACAGGAGCCACAUCACCGAUCAAAACAGACGCCUAUCAAGUGAGGUGGGAAUUGAGAGAGGGUCUAGAACUGGACCGUUUUGUGCAAAAGUCACCAGAGGCCCCUGCAGCUGACGGGUGUAAUGACGAUUCAGUUCCGUGGGAUGAAGUUAUGAAGAAGUCUAAACAGAUAGACACGAGAGUCGAACGGGUUGGAAAUGAAAGUGACCAGCUGCGUGAAAUUGUGGACCGAAUUCAACAGUCAGGAAAAAAGAAAAGGAAGCGAGAUGACGGCGGAACAUGGGCGGAACCAGGAUCAGUCAUAUCGAGCAAAUGCCCUGAAGGCUCGGACCCCGUCGGCGUUCGCCCGUGA